CAAGUAGCUCUGGCCAAAGAGUUUGAGAGUCUGGUGCGAGCAGACAAGAGGUUUGAGAUCUGCGCUGAAGUCAUCAUGGGACUGGUCUGCUUCAGGCUCAAGGGCUCCAAUGAGCUGAAUGAGAACUUGCUGAAGCGCAUCAACAAGAACAGAGAGAUCCACCUGGUGCCUUGCCAGCUCUCCGAGCGCUUUGUCCUGCGCUUUGCCAUCUGCGCACGCAGCACCGAGUCGUGCCACGUCCAGCAGGCGUGGCGCCACAUCACACAGCUGACCUUUGAGCUUCUGCAGGAGCCCACUCAUUGACCAAAAGGUUGGGAAGAGGCUGUCCACUCUGAUGCCUAAACGAGGACCAAAGUUUGGACGAAUAUUCCAAGUUUUGUUUUGCAGAUGUAAAAUGUCACAAAGAGAAGGAGCGAUAAUUUCACUUCACAGUUGGGUGUGUUUCUGUCUGCAAUCAAGUGUCCAGUUUGGCUAGCAGUUGUCAUUAUUGUGCUUUUUGUUUUUUAAAUUUUGUUUUGUUUUGUUUGUUGGGUGUUGCAUAAUGAGGUUUAUGAAAAUACAAAUCUAUAAAAGAAAAAACAAGAAAAUUAAAAAGAUGCAGGUUCCAAAUAUUACAUUUUAUAUCUGCAACUUUUCCUUCCAUAUACUUAGCUUCACUGUUCAGUGAUUGUGCUAUUGUCCUUAUCAUAGUGCACUUAUCUCCCUGCUGGUUUGGUUAUGCUGGUUGUGUGACUUCUGUGUAUCAAAUAUAGCUUGGAGUGAAGUUUUGCUUUGUUGGAAUGGGGAGAUUCUUUUUAUUUUUUUUGAGUUGCGCACUGAAUGUAUUGUACGCUGUGUGGUUGAAUGAGUCAAUGUGUGUCUACAAUUUCUGUAGGUGCUCUUACAGACCCAGCUUCAUGAUUUAUGUCUAUGUUUGUGGUGCAUGGAGGGAUUCAUAAAGUGUUGCAAGUGGUCAAAUAAUUUAUCAGUUCACCCCCCCUUUACAAGUGCAUUAAUAAAUUACCUAAUUUGCAAAAAAAUAGUUUUGUUUGAUAUUUAGCAGCAGAAAAUCAAUUUAAUUUUUUACUAUUGUUUUUUACUACAGAAUUCUUAUUAAUUCAUAUCGUGUCUUAUGCACAGUGGGUCUGUGUUUCCUAAACUGUAGUACAAGACAAUCACUCAAUCGUUAUAAGUCAGUGGGAUGAGAAGGAAAUUAGACUACUUUGUGGGUAAACCAAACUAGUAUUGUUUCUUUUUACUGAGCUUUUCCCCAUUUGUUUGAAUAUAUCCUGUGUUCUAUUAUAUUUCUGUGUUAAGAUGGAAAUAAAUGAUCAAAUGACUAGAGUUAAAAGAAUAAUGUUUAAACCUAGGUUGUGUAAAUUCUCUCACUUCACAAACUCUACGCUCAUAUCGUCUUGCUCAAGUGGGUCAUUGUGUGUACCAUGAAUCUGGGAUCUUCCCUCACAUUACAUCAUCACCUUUGUUUAACUCUAAACCUCGAGAUGUAAGACAACUUCUCAUGAUGAACAAAUGUGACUAAAACAAAUGUCCUGCCUAUUUACCUUCAUGAUUUAGAGUUUUACACUGACUUUCAGGAGAUAUGUAAAAUCUGUGGUGUGACAACACCGCACCACCUUGUUGUUGAUUCCUAUGAUUGUGUCAUCAGCUGCAGAUACUGAUUCAGGUGUUCUAUUUUUUGACUUGGCUGUGGGCUGCAUGCAAUGGUGUGGGUUUAUUUGAAUAAAGUCUGCUGUAGUCUGCA